AUGGUCUACUUUCCACCAGAUCUAGAAGCUUUAUCUGCUGCAGAAUGGUAUAAUUUACUAAUAUCUACGAAGCCAAACGAUAUAAUCAGGCCGUAUAAAGAUUCAGAGUCUUCAUUUAUCGAAGUCAGUUUUCCUUGUCUAAUCAAGCAGUUUAAAGAUUCUACUGGAAUAAAUGAGAAUAGGAUCAAGAGCUGUGAUAGUUUGGGUGUAUGGAUCCUACGUGCCACUCAAGUAUCGGAUGACCAAAUAAAGUUACGUUUAGAUGGGCUUCUGAAUAUUGAAGUGGCUAACUACUUGUUUUAUUAUAUUCUUGAUUUUUGGACUGAAUCCAGCGGUCCUUUAGGAAACUCUUUACGAGAGUUAUUUUUGAAACUGUUGAUAUUCUUCAAGAAAUCAAAAACUGCAGCACAGCGCACACGACUAUUUGAGUCGUGGACUCUGUAUAUUUUAGAUCAAAGUUACACCUUGAGAGUGGUGUACUUCAUACUGGAGCAUUUGUCCAAAGAGAUAGACGCUACAUACAUUAUACGCCGAAAGCCAGAGUUUUUCAGUCAAACAAUACCCUUGAUGAACAACAGCACAUUGACCAAUCCAGCUGGUAAGGCUAUUCAAACAAUUUUGAAACAAUUGUAUAUAUCGAUGGACAAGAAUGAUGCAGAAUGGUUAAAGUUGUGGCAAGAACCAGUAAUCUCCUCCUUAUUAGAUGAACGCCUGAGAAAAAAUGUUCAAAUUUAUUUGCUGCCAUAUUUGUUCAAGAUUUCUUCUAAUGCUUAUCAGAUAUUUAUCAGAUCUUUUAUCGACAAUUCCUCGUCUGAUAUAUCCUGUGUUCUGGGAUGUUUACGAAUUGGCCAAGAACUUGGAUUGAUAGAGGAGCCGUUUCACGGGUCUGAUGCUCUCAUAGACCUGAGCAUCAUAAAAGCUCUCCUGGCUGGAGAGUCUGAUCAGUUGAGAAUUGGAGCGUUAGCAAUUAUAACAGCUUCCAAUAAGAACUCAAAACCUAUUCAUCCGUAUGUUUUUGAGAUAGUUAUAAAUCAUUUGUCUUCUUUUUCUCUUUUGGAAGAUAUGGAAACCAGAGACGAGAUUUUUGCUAUACUCAAACAGUUCAUUUCACGGGCUCGGGAUUCUGCGUAUGGUUUAAACAGGGAUUGUAAUAAACUGCAAAAGAAGGACAGUGAUGUUACGAAAAGGUUGUUGGAAGACAAGCAAGUUCAACUUCAGCAGUAUCUUUCCUUCUUCAAAUCUCUGGUGCAAUUUUUAAAAACCGAAAUAAGGCCCGCAGUAUCUCACCAUAGAAAGGAUUUUGCAUAUAAGGUAUACCAUGGAUUGUUAAGAGCGGGCUUAGAUAAUACUUUAGAUCCACAGCAUUUUGAUAAACUCCAUUUAGAGUUUCCUUUUCGAAUCGAUUUAUACGACAAAGAUUUCUUACGUUUUCUGGUUGAUAAUAUCACUGACGAUUUCGAAGAUAUCAGAAAGCGAUCGGUAGAACUACUAUUGAUGUCACCCCAUUCUCUGAGAGAUAGUUUUUCACCUAAUGAUUUAAAAUUUAUUCGCAAUAGGGCUUUUGCUAUGCUAAAAGAUAUUAAGAGUCGUAGGUGUGAUGGAGGUGCUCGUGUAUUAUCCUACCUUUUCUUGGGUCAUUCAUCCAACAAUAGAGGGAUGGCUACUGAGUUACUGAAUGACUUGAACUUACAACUGAAGACUGCUAUACAGAAAGCAGAGACUGAUCUGGUCCGAGCCGUCUCUGAAGAAAGCACUCACGGAUACUUUGAAGCUUUUCGUUUAUUGUUUGAGUGCCUUGAUUUUUCCUUGUUUGACCCCAAUUUCAUUCAAAGUCUAGUUGACGACCUUUUGAGCCACUCGCACAGGAUUUGGGCUAUUGUGAAAGACGUCUUAUCACACGAUUCCCCAGAAGGUAAUUUGCCUGGAGACUUCAAGGAUUCACACCAAUCUCAGUUUGAGGCCUCAUAUGGAUCUGCCACACAACUUCUUCUUAGUUAUUCGUGGAGAUCUGUCAAAGAAUCUUCUAACUUACUCCGCGUGCUGUUAGAGAAAGUUCCAAAUUCGUUUUUGCAAGAUGAAAAAGUAGUUGCUUGCGGUGAUCUGAUUCUCUCUCAGUUGGCAAUUGUUCGACAUCCUGGAGCAUUUUCUUCGGUCUAUCCUACAUUCAUCACAUGUUGCAAUCGAUGCAAUAGAUCAGGAAGUUCACUUUCUUGUCAGCCUAGAAAGUGGCUGGAGAAUAAUAUUUCCCUGAUACAGUCAAAAUCUCAGUUUAUAACUAGGAGAUCCGGAGGACUACCAUUCCUGAUUACUGCCGUCCUUACCAGCGAGAUUGAUGACGAAAGGCCACUACUUCAAUACACGUUCAACAGCCUUAUUGAAAUCGCCCAAUCUCCAAUCGUCGUAAAUGAAUCUGAGAGAAUUGAUCUUCCUCAAGUAAAUGCAUUUAACUGCAUUCGUUCAAUUUACUUGGAAUCCCAACUAGCAACUAUUGCCCUGCCGUAUAUUAAUGAUGCUCUUGAGCUGUCUCUAUCUAAAUUUGCCGAUCCUACAUGGGCAGUUCGAAAUUGUGCUGUGAUGCUAUUUGCCACAUUGCAAGGAAGGUUAUUUGGUUCAAAGAAGGUUCAAGGGUUUUUGCCUACGGUGGCCGAGAGAACUUUUUUUUCCAAGUAUAGGGGUGUUAGAGACAUUCUUUUGAUGAAUCUUAACAUUGUAGCUAGUUCUAAAGAAACCGAAAAGCAAGAGAUGGUGUUUCCAAUUCUUACUAUUAUUUCUAGGUUACAAGUACGUCAAGGAUAUAAUGGCUUAGAAGAGCUUAAGCCUUUUGUUUUACAUUUUUUGGCUAGCAAUGAUUGGCAAGUACGAGAGAUGGCCGCCGAGGCAUACCCCGCAUUUGUCCUUGCUGAUGAUCUAUUCUCUGAGAGUUGUAGGCUCUUGGAUGGUUGUCUUCUCUCUAACCAGAAUCAACUAUUUGGCUUCCUAACUGCUAUAAAGGUGCUAUUGACCAAGGGUGUCAUUCGAAUGAAUACUACAGAAGUAUCAUUUCCUCCUCGCUUGGUGCAAAAAGUAUGUGCAAAGGCUAUUUAUCUUGUGAGGCAUAAUCCUUGUGCUGUUACAACCAAACUAGCUGUCCAACUGCUACAAAUUGUGUCGAAAGACUACGAACAGAUAUCCUUCGACGUUAUUGAAAGUUUAUCUAGCUGGUAUAUAAUCCAGGAAACUAGCACAAUUGGUUCUUUGAAUGGUGCCAAGCAGCUAUUGGCAUCUCAUAUCCUCAGGUAUCUACUAAAUUUCCAUUUAGUUUUGGAUGAUCGAGAGAGCCUCAGGGACCUUUUAUUGUUAAGCAUUAACUCAAAUUUCGACGAAACGUGCCUAACUGCUUUGAAGUUUGCUGAAGAAAACGUAUCAAAAUUAGAUGAAGAUGUUACAGGCCCAUUGGUCCAAGUUCUUUGGGGACUAAUCAAUAGCAGUUUAUGGAGCCAUGUUAAGGCGACAGCAUUAAUUUUGUUAGAAAAACUUCUCGUGACCUUUUCAUUUGAAGAUAAAGACAUUAGCAAUCGGAUUCACGUCUUAUUUCCAUUUAUAGAGGAUCAUAACAGCGAAGACAUCAAAUGUUCAGCAUUAAUUUCAUUAGCGCCAUAUGUUGCCAGAUGGGUUUCAUUGCCUGAAGUAUAUGAAAGGAAUCAGGACAUAAAUUUCAUCCGCUGGUUCAAUGCCGUGCGUUCACUUUCAUGUGAAGAGAUGCCUUUUCCAGUUCGUCAAGCUGCUUUUAAUUCAAUGGCCUCGUUUUUGAAAGUGGUUGAAGAUAAAUCCUCCCAUUUUUUUUCUCGUGUAUUUCUGUUAGCCUACUUCAGGUUGUGGGAUGAUGAUGAAGAGUUGAGAAUUGUCGCUGCUAAGUUUUUCUCUUAUAUUCUCAACAUAGACUAUGCUGUCCCGGACAAGAUGACCAAGGAGGUCAUCAGGCAUUUUGACAAUCAUUUAUCUCAGCAUACCGACAUUCUAUAUCAAAUUGUCCUUAACUUUGACCUGGGUCAAAAAAGGUUAAAGCGGUAUAUCGACAAUAAUACGUUGUUGUUCACGGUGGAGAAACAUAAUUUUUACCAAGAUGAUAUUUUACUUAAAAGACAGUUAAAUCAACUGCUGUUGAAAAAUAUAAGCAGAAUCACCGAAACGGAACGCUGUCAGCUAUAUGAAAGAAUCAAGGACAGUGAAAAUGAGUUACGAUUCUUCGUGGAUCGGGAAGAUUCUUACCUGGGGUGGUUGAAGGAAGAGGACUUAUUUGUCAGUCUCUGUAUUAUUAUUCAAGACUUAGAUAUGUUCGGAAUUUGUUGGAAAGACUUGAGAAAAGGCCUUGAGCUUAAGCAAUUACAUCCUUUAGUUUCUAGUAUUUUAUUACAGAUCUAG